GUAAUGCACCAACCGCCAAUAAACACCAAAGAAGAAGAAGAAGUGUUGACUUCCGUAGCGUGCUAACGGCUAACGGCUAGCUAUCCGAUGGCUGAAAUAGACAUUGGGAAGCAUUGUCAGAUCGAUUCCUGCAGUCAGAAAGAUUUCCUUCCAUUUGCUUGUAAUCUCUGCCGUGGUGUUUUCUGCCUUGAGCACAGAAGCAGAGAGGCCCAUUCAUGUUCACGGUGUGAGGAGCCAGUGAAAAAGGAAACACAGACCGUGGGAGGCAGCACAAGCUAUCCAUGUUCAUUUCAAGACUGCAAGGGAAAAGAAUUGUUGCCGGUGAUAUGUCCGCAUUGUGAAAAACAUUUCUGUUUGGCCCAUCGUCAUCAAGAUGAUCACAAGUGUGAGAAGUUGGAGGUCCAAAAGCCUCGAAUGGCAGCCACAAAAGAGCUGGUGCAAAAGAUUGUUGAGUCAAAGGACUUAUCUAAAAGUAAAGGGCGCAGAGGAGCAAAGAACAGUGCAACUGCAGCUAAGGUAGCAUUAAUGAAACUGAAGCUGCAUGCUGCAGGAGACAAGGGGCUGCCACAGACAGAAAGAUCCUAUUUUCAGGUUUAUCUUCCUAAGGAAUCCAAAGACGCCAGCCAACCCAUGUUCUUCUGUUCCAAAUGGAGUGUGGGGAAAGUGGUGGAUUAUGCAGCCUCUCUAGCUAGCCUCAAGAACAACAACAAUGUACUGACAGCUAAGAAGCUGCGGUUAUGUCAUCCUCAGACAGGUGAGGCUCUCCGGAUGGACGACACUCUGCUCUCGCUGCUGGCUCACCCAGAAACUCCUCUGUACAAUGGGGGUAAUAUGAUCCUGGAGUACCUGGACAAUGAAUGCACAGGCCUGGAAAAUGUCUCUGACUAUAUCACACAGACCUGAUAAACCAAUGCCAGAAGAUUUCUGAUUGCCAUUUGUAUUUCUGUCAAUAAAAUGUUCUGUUGAAAUGUUAAA